CAAAAACCUUGUAACACCAUGAGAGUCGACGUUACUCUCUUCGCAUCCGCGUUGGCCUUCUGCACCACGAGUGCCGCCGAGUUGUUCUGCAAAAACCACCCAUCCAGUACGCAUUGGCCCUCGGCCGGGGAAUGGGACGCCCUCAACCACACCGUCGGAGGCGGCUUAAUCAGAUCGACGCCUGUCGCCUCGUCUUGCUACAAAGACAGCAAUUUCGCAUCUGCCUUCAGCUGCAAGAACGUGACUGAAAGCUGGUUUUUAUCCGAGUUUCAUGCGCUACAACCCGAGUCAAUUGGGUAUUCUUACUGGGCAAACAACUCGUGUGUCCCUCCCAACGACCAUGGCUAUCGAUCCGGACAAAGCUGUAAGAUUGGCGGUCUGCCUCAAUACGUUCUUGAGGCUACAUCUGCAGCUCAGAUAGCCACCGCUAUGAAAUGGGCCAGCUCACGCAACAUCCGCAUCGUGAUAAAGGGCACAGGACACGAUCUCAAUGGAAGGCAUGUCGAGCGUUCUGACUGGCCUCAUCCCUCCAAGAGCAUAACCGAGCACGUCGCUGUGGUCGGAAGUGGCAACAACUGGGGAGAUGUGCUCCAGGGCGCUUACUCAGUGGGAAGAACAGUCGUCAGCGGUCAAGAUCCUACGGUUGGUUUAGGCGGAUUCAUCGGAGGCGGUGGGCAUGGUCCUCUAUCCAGUCACCAUGGCCUCGCCGCCGAUCAGGUUCUUCAAGCCACAGUCGUGACUACAGACGGUCGUAUCCUGGUCGCGAAUCCUGCUCUGAACCAAGAUCUUCUCUGGGCCGUUCGCGGUGGCGGCCCUGGCCUGUACGGAGUUGUCGUUGAGUAUGUUUUACGAACUCACCCUUAUCCCAAGAACGUGGUCUGGUCAUCAAUCUCUAUAGACCUUGCAGAGAAUGCGACAGUUGAGGCAGCUACGGCCUCUUGGAAAGCUAUGGCGGUUCUGGUCAGAAGUCUUCCAGGCUUGAUGGAUCUUGGAAUCACCGGAAACGGGUUCGCUUCGACAUCAACAAUCUCAACCAGAGACAGCCACUCAUCCGUUCAAAGGGGCGUCGGACUCACAAUCACACUAUUUGGCUACAACACCACGACCCUGGCGCUGAAAUCUUUGCUUGAGCCAACCAGCCGCAGAAUGAUGACUUACGUUGAUGUUGAAGGCCUCAAAGUUACAAUGGCGGAGCCAAAGAUGGAAUCUAAUUACUUGACCUUUUUCGAUGUGCUAAACCCGAACCCCAGCGCAUGCAGCGAUAUCAGUUUAGUCUCCAGUCGUCUACUCGGCCAUUCCCAGCUUACAGAUCUGUCUUUGGCGGACGUUCAGACACAUCUUUACACCAUCAUGAACUCUCAGGUUGAAGGAGAACCCUCAAACAUGAUUAUUGGUCUCCAAGGCGGACCGGGUCCCAGAGAUGUAUCACACGACAUGCGCGGUGGUCUGAACCCAGCAUGGCGACAGGCCUACCUCCACCUCUUAAGUACCGGUGUCAAACUCAACGUAACCAACCCCAACAUUCAGGGCGAGCUCAGGGUGGCGGCCGAGUGGAUUGAAGAGCACAAGGAAGUUGUGUGGCGUAAGUGGGCGCCCGGUUCUGGCUCCUACAUCAACGAAGCAAACCCCUUCAACGGGAACUUCAAGGAGGACUUCUAUGGCGCCAGUUAUGACCGCCUUGUUGAGAUCAAGCAGGAAUACGACCCGACCGAUAGCCUCUACGUCCUUUCAGGGGUUGGUAGUGACAAAUGGCAGUACGAUUUAAACAGCGGGAUGCUUUGUGCUGAAAAUUAAAGGCAACGAGAAACUGCAUUGCCAC